GCCGUUUUAUCAAUCUCCUCCGCCUGGUCUUCAGCAAUCUCCUCCGCCUUGUCUUUGGCCGAAGAAGAAAGGGAAGAAAAUGGUCCUGCCGAACGACUACGAUCUGCUCAACCCACCGCCGGAGCUUGAGAAGAGCAAGCACAAGCUCAAGCGCCUAAUUCCAACGCCAAACUCUUUCUUUAUGGACGUCAAAUGCCCGGGCUGCUUCAACAUAAUGACGGUGUUCAGCCACUCGACGAUGGUGGUUAUGUGCAGCAACUGCCAGACGGUGUUGUGCCAGCCUACGGGUGGGCGCGCCAGGCUCACCGAGGGCUGCUCCUUCCGGCUGAAGGGCGAGGCAUCACCAUCAUCGUGAUGAAAUGCGAGUAUAAAAAUUUGUUUUUUUGGUUAUUUGUUUGAAUUUCUUUUGAAUUUUGCUGGGAUUACUG